CUGUAUCUCUCUAAAAAGCAUUGGUCUCACUCUUUCUCUCUCUUAAAAGCAUUGGUGGCUUCGUAUCUGGUUUUGUGAGACAUGUCAAUAGCAGCACUAAAAACGACAACAACCUUGAAACAAAGAAAGGGGGUAUUACUACAUGAAAAUAGGAAAUCUGGCCAAUUCCUUUAUCUCCCACCAUCCGUUAAAAUUUGCAAAUUCAAUGAGCUAUAGCAGCUAGCUUGGAUAUACUAGGAAUACUUUUAUAGGGUGUGUGAUCAGUUAUCAGGGAAAAUGUGUGAUCAGUUAUCAGGGAAAAUGACGAGGAAGAAAAUUCAGAUUAAGAAGAUCGACAACACGACGGCAAGGCAGGUGACUUUCUCAAAGAGGAGGAGGGGGCUUUUUAAGAAAGCUUUUGAGCUCUCUACUCUCUGCGAUGCUGAUAUUGCUCUCAUAGUCUUUUCUGCAACUGGAAAGCUCUUUGAGUACGCCAGCUCAAGUAUGCAGCAGGUAAUUGAAAGACAUAAUCUACACUCAGAUAAUCUUGGAAAAAUGGACCAACCGUCUCUUGAGUUGCAGCUUGAGAACAGUACCUCCUACACCAUGUUGAGCAAGGAAAUUGAGGAGAAAACACGUGAACUGAGGAAAAUUAAGGGAGAAGAGCUCCAUGGAAUGGAUAUAGAAGAAUUACGGAAACUAGAGAAAGUGCUUGAAGUAGGCUUGAGCCGUGUCGUAGAAACAAAGGGUGAAAGAUUUCUGGAAGAGAUCACUGUCCUUCAGCGAAAGGGAGCCCAACUGAUGGCAGAAAACCAACGAUUUAAACAGAUGGAGAAUAUGUUUAGCACUCAAACACAUGUACUUGAACAAGGUCGGUCAUCUGAGUCAAUCAGCAAUAUUUGCAACUCAUCUGAUCCUCCUCAAGACAAUGACAGUUCAGACACUUCUCUCAAGUUGGGACUCAAGGGUUUGCCCCUGAUCAGUCAUCCUGGGGUUUCAACCAGGAGAAGCAUUCAUGGUCCGAAAGGGUGGACCCUCAGAAAUAAAUGUGGCAUUAAAGUUAGAACCAGCUCAGCUAGAAGCCUAGAACAGUUACUCAAGGGUUUGCCCCUGAUCAUUCAUCCUGGGGUUUCAACCAGGAGAAGCAUUCAUGGUCCGGAAGGGUGGACCCUCAGAAAUAAAUGUGGCAUUAGAAUUUGCUGUAAAUUCUCUUGAGGUUGUGAACAUUUAAGUCAUCGGCCACAGUCGUUGUGGAGGCAUUCGUGCCCCUAUGAGCAUGCAAGAUGAAGUACAUGCCUACAGGAGCAUAUUUGAGGUAAUUAAAUAACAAUAUUAAUGCAGAAAUGUUUAUCGCUUGGCUAACACAGUGCAUUUUUUGCUUCACACGUUGAAUGGAUUAUUGAAGAUGCCCAGCAUUCUUUUAUAAACAGGACUGCCACUCUUCUGAAACUUUUUUUCCUUUAAAUUUCUCUUUUCCUUACCCAAUAAACAAAAGUUGAGGGCUUUUAUGACUAUUAUUAAAAUUUCCCUUUAGACAUGGUUAGAAUGCCUGCUAAUUCCUUAGAAAUGAGGCUAAAUCAGCUUUGCACAAAGGUUAUGCACGAGAUUCACAUAUGCAGGGGGUUAGAAAUACCAGGCAGUUUCUACUUGAAUGAAGGUCGUAGACAGAAUGGUGCUGAUCUUGGUAAGGGUGGGUCUUCAUUUGUGAGAAGUUUGUGUAAACCAAACAGCUCGUGCAGCUAAUGAAUGUUGCUCUGGAAAAGACAAUACGCAGAUUUAUAAAAAGUUCUUGCAUGUCGUGUCUAAGUCUCUUACACGAUCCUAUUACAGGAAUCAGUUAACCAUUCCCUGUUGAAACUGCUCACAUACCCAUAAAUAGAACAAAAUCUGGCUAAAGGAGAACUCUGUGCAUGGUGGCUGCUAUGACUUUGUUGACUUCAUUUGAGAAGUGGACACUGGAUUACUCUGGAAUAAUUAGUGGCCCUUUUCUCACUUGCACUCCCAAACACUCACGCUACUCAAAGAAAGUAACUCAAUCACAAAGCACACACAAGGCCACAAGGGGAGGGAGUGUGGAGAGGGAAGUGUAAGAGAGCUCUUUAACACUUGUAUUUCUCUUCUUUCACUCUUGCUUUGAAAUUUUCUGAUGCAUCGGUUAUAUAUACUAUUCCAUCUAUCCUCUCAAUUCCAACUACAUUUAUUUUCUAAACUUUUAUAUUUAUAAAAUCCCAGACAUAACUUCAAGAAACCCCCCACAUGCAUUUGUUGCAAUAUAUUUAACUUAUUAAACUCACAGUUAUUAAUGAAAUUUUAAUUAAAAACAAGUUUAAUUUCUAACGUCCCUCCUUAAACUUAUUUUCAUUAUCACUCCAAGUAAGGCUUGUAGCUUGUAGUUUGUAGAAGGUGUCAUACUUUAGUGGCUUAGUGAAGAUAUUUGCAAUAUGAUCAUGUGAUUUCAUGAACUCAAGUUGAACUUCAUUUCUAGCAAUACAUUCUCGAAUAAAAUGACACCCUUGUAUUGAUUUGCUUGCUUUGGUAGUGAAAGACUAGAUUCUUGGCAAGAGUUAGUGUUGAUUUAUUGUUUACAAAUAUCUUUGUAGCUUCUUCUUGUAGCUUUUGCAACUCCUUCAACAAACUUCUAAGCCAAGUUGCAUGACAAACACUAGAGGUAGCAGCGACGUACUUAGGUUUACUUCUUAGAAGUCGAUGUAAACACAGUAUCACCCAAAUAGAAUACAAAACCACUAGUACUCUUUUUUUAUCGUCCAUGUCUCUAGCUCAAUCACUAUCAUUAUCGCCAAUAAGGUGAAUUCUCUUCUCUAUCUUCUCCUUAGGAAUGGAAUUGCAAUGAAUCUCUUGUUGUGCGCUUGUUAGAGAUUUCUCAUUCUUCAUGUAAUUUGAAUGUUCUUCGUCUUUGAAGAUUUGUGGUGGAAUUUUCUGGAGGCAUUAAAGCUUAAAUCCAAUAAAACUUUGAUGGAAUAGAGUACUUGAAGUCUCUAGGGCUUUGAGUUGACUCCAGUAGAACUUUGAUAGUUGGAAGGAUGAUUUGGAUGAAUGUCUAUCAAAUUCAAAUAUCUAGAUGUAGAAGUUCUUUAGGGCUUUGGAGCUUGAUUUGAUAGAGCUUCGAAACUUGAAAUUAUUGAAAUUCUUGGAGGCUUCAGAACUCGAUUUUAGUAGAACUUUAAGGCUUGGAGGGAUUAAUGUUCUUCGUAUUUGAAGAUUUUGAUGUAGAAAUUGUUCGUGGCAUUGGAGCUGGAAUUUGACAGACCUUCAAUAGUUGAAAUUCUUGAAGUUCUUACAAGCUUUAGAGCUUGAUUCUAGCAGAGUUUUGAGACUUACGAAUGUCAUCCUACAAGAUCAAUGGGAGUCUCUAUUUAUAAGAAUUUUGAGAAGGUUUAAUGGCAUAUGAUUGACUCUGAUUGAUGACAUGUUUCAUAAUUUAAAUGGAGGGAGUUCUCAAAGAGACACAUGUACAUCGCCAUUUGAUUAGGCAAAUUGUCUUAAUUUAAAAUAACACAUGGUAGCAUUUAAUUAGACUACUUAUGACACUUUAAAUUAAAAUAUUAACAUGCGUUGGCAUGUGAUUGGCUUUCAGGUAUUCUUUGUAAUUUUUAUUCAAUGACAUUUGGAAUAUUUCAUUGGUUUUGAAUAAUGAUAGUGAGACCCAUUAAGUAGUA